ACAAACUGUAACACAAUUUAACCAAUCGCUCUAAAAACGGCUGGUCUGGAACUCUUUGUCGUGGUCCCAUUCUAAUCUAGAUUUUAGCGUUCGCAACGCCACCUAGAGGACACCAAAGUUGCGUAUUACGUAAACCAGCUGCUGACCAGGUUUUACAAGAUACUGGGGGCUUGUUCAUACAGUUUUGAAUGACAGCACGGCAACAACCGAACGCUUGGGAAUCAAAAUGAGACAUGCUGUCAUGCCCAUUAUCUUUCAGAGGCAAAUAUACUUUCCAGAGAAGAAAUAUUUCACAUUUCCAUUCGCCCGCGCCGGAGACGUGGGCUCCAAAGCUACUCCUUCUCUGUGAAGUUUAUUUCAGCUUCAGAAGCAAAACGAGCAAAUUAAUAAUAUUAAUUCGGCUAAUGCAACGGUCGACCCUUCCAUAGCAUGAUUCCGGAAUGACGGGGCGUAAACCGGAGUCGCAAAUACGCAGAGGAAGUUGCUCAGUUUUUGGCUACAUUGCAUACAUACCUAGCGCAAUAACGAAUUAACCACAUACUGCUACCUCGAGCAGGGUAUGCGAUUAUCGUGAAUAUCGGGCAAAUCUGAAGUGGCUUUGCGUCUGCGAUUUUAGAUUUUUAAUUCAGGUAUUGCGCCAUUUAAAUUCGCCAGCGGAUCUACAGUCACUCAAAUAGCCUACGUUUGCGUGUAGUCUCUCGUAAGACCUGGGUAUUGUUGCAGAUCAUUACUGAAUUAAGAAUUCAAGACCUUAGCAUAAAAAAGUUUCCUUGAGAAGAAAAACAAUGAGCGCUCCGUGGGAUCUCGUCGGCACACCUCUGCACCGCCUCCACACCCUGCACAGGGACGCCAUGGCAGCCUACAGCCUGGACCCCCGGCCGGACUCCCUGUUUGGGGGCCAGUGCCCGAGGGAGGUGCUGCGGAGUGGGCGCUACGUCGCCCUGGAUGCGGGCGGAGGCGAGGACCUUGACGGGGCGGGGGUGGGAGACGGCGAGCGGCCGCAGGACGCCGUUACCGUGGUUACUGCCGCGCUGGCGCAGAGCCGGGUGCUGAGGGUGGCGGGCUCGGCCGGGGCGGGGAAGUCCACGGCGCUGCAGAAGCUGCUGGCGGACUGGGCCUCUGGGGUGAGGCUGACCCGCUUCGCCUUCCUGUUCCCGCUGCCGCUGGGGGAGCUGGGCUCUGGGACGGGGCAGGGAGGGUCCGGGACGGGGGAGCGCUCUCUGGCAGACCUACUGUCCCAGCAGCACCCCCACCUAUCCAGCACCUCCAUGGACCUGGUGUUCCAGAAACCUCAGGCCCUGCUGUUUGUGCUGGAUGGGCUUGACCAGGACCAGGACCAGGCACCCCCCUGCAGUGACCCAAACCAGCCAUCCCCUCUCCCUGGAGCUGCACCCCCCUGCAGCGACCCAAACCAGCCAGCCCCCCUCUCUGCGCUGGUGUCUGGGCUGCUCAGGGGCACCCUCCUCCCGGGGGCCUCUGUGCUGGUGACCUGCAGGCCCCCGGCGUCUCUGGAGCCCCUGUCCGAAAGCGAGGGGGGGCACGUGGAGGUGCAGGGCCUCUCUCAGGAGGGCAGGGGGGCGUACCUGCGCCUGUUCUUCCCUGACCCGCGGGAAGCCGCCCAGGUUCUGGAGCACAUGGAGGAGACGCUGGGGUUCUGUUCCCUGGCCCGCCUGCCCGGGUUCUGCUGGACCCUGUGCUCUGUGUACCGGGAGGCGCGGGCAGCCGGACGGGCCCUUCCCAAAACGCUGACCCACGUGUUCGCCCAGGCCACCGCCAGCCUGUUCCAGCGACACGCGGUGGGGGCGGAGCCUGCCGCCGCCCUGCUCACAGGGCUGGGCAAGAUGGCCGCCGGCGCGGUGCUGAGCGGUGCCGGAAGCUGCUCUCGGGAGGAGGUGGCGGCCUUCGGCCUCCCGCCGCCCCAGGCCUCGGCGCCGCUGCGGGACUUCCUGCGCCCGCGCUCCUGCUCCUUCCUCUCGCCCGAGCUGGCGCAGUUCCUCCUGGCUGUGGCCUACCACCGAGGCUGCUGGGAUAGGGGCGGCCUGCCGGACCUGCUGGAGCUGGCCGCCGGCAAGGCCGACCUCCUGGAGCUCUUCCUGGCGGGGCUGUGCGACCCCUCCCAGAGGGCACCACUAGAGGGCGCCGUCGGGAAGUUCGACAGCGACCGCGCCCUGGAGCUCACCGCCUGGCUGAAGGAGAUGACCCAGGAGGCCGUGCAGUCCUACCACAAAGAGCGCCACCUGCGGGCCUUCCGGCUGCUGCAGCAGCGGCAGGACGCCGCUCUGGCGGUAGCGGCCGUGGGGCCCUCCGCGCGUCUGGGGCUCAGCUACGGUGGCCUGAGUGUCCAAGAUUCAGCGGCGCUGAGCUACAUGGCGACGUGCUGCGGGGAGCUGGAGCAGCUGAAUCUGUACUGCACUAAAAACCUGUCGGAGGAGGUGGCCCGUCGCCUGCUGCCCGCCAUCAUCGUCGCCAAGAAGAUCAUUCUGACCCAGAGCAGCCUCUGCCCUGGGUCCUACGCCCCCCUGACUGCCGGGAUCCAGCGUGGGGCCGUCCGCGAGCUGGACCUGUCCUACUGCCCCAUGGGAGACCGCGGAGCCCAGAGUCUGUGCGCCGGACUGGUGGGGAGCGCUCUGCAGAUACUGAGGGUCCCAUGCUGCAGGCUGACGGAGGUGAGCUGUGGCUACCUGGCGAGCGCUCUGUGCUCCUCACAGCUCCACCUGCUGGACCUGCGGGGGAAUGACAUAAAGGAUGCAGGGCUGGUACAGCUGAGCCAGUCACUGAGGAGCCCCCAGUGCCAGCUACAGGAGCUGGGGCUGCAGAUGUGUAAGCUGACGGGCAUGUCCAUGGAGGCUCUCUCCUCUGCGCUGUGCUCUGGGAGCUCAGUGCUCAGAUCUGUGGACCUGAGGGACAACGACCUGAAGGACCACGGCCUGGCCUGCCUGUGCACCGCCCUGAGAGACCCACACUGCCCCCUACAGGCCCUGUGUGUGAUGGACUGUGAUCUGACGGACGCCUGCUGCGCUGACCUGGCGGACUCCCUGCAGACAGCAGGGCGCGCUCUGACGGAGCUGGACCUGUCCGUUAACGAGCUGGGGGACGCUGGGGUCAUGCAGCUCAUCCGCACAUUCAGAGCAGCGGACUGCGCCCCACAGAAACUCAGGCUGACGCGCUGUGAGCUGGGGGGGCAGACGUUUCGGGAGUUGGCGGCUCUGCUCCGGACCCCGGGCUCGCGGCUGAAGGAGCUGGAGGUGGGGCUGAAUCAGGUGGGAGACGCCGGGGCCACACACCUGUGGGGGGCGCUGCGGGACCCUGCCUGCACCCUGCAACACCUGGAUGUGGAGAUGGUGGAUUUGACGGACGGGUGUGUGGCUGAGCUGUGUGCAGCGGUCAGGUCCAGCGGUCUGAAGAGUCUGGUGCUGAAAAAUAACCAGCUGACCGACGAUGUUGUUCCCGCCCUGGUCGCCAUGGCGAAGGACAGCCGCACCCUUCGGGAGCUGAACCUGCAGUAUAAUGACUUCAGUGAGGAUGUGUUUGAGCUGAUGGACGCCUGUGGGAAGAUAAGGUACUGAGAGAGACUGCCCUUCCGCCUGCUGGACCGUGCUGUCCACCGCCCUCUCACUCCUCUGGAGAAACACUGCGUUUAAAAUGGAUGACUUCAUACGCAUCAUCACGGCUUUACAUACUGGGUCCUGUACAGGUCCCCUCUCAGCGGGAGAGACGCCAUGUUCUCUACUUCUGUCUGACUUCCGGUCCCUGAACAUGGCAUCAGGGGAAAAAAGGAAUAAAACAAGGGUUUGAUUGAGUGACCAA